CCUCUCUCACACACUACGCCCAGACUCACACACUCUGCGACUGCGAGACUGCAACUCUUCUUCUCCGCUCUCUUCACUGCGCCACACACAUACUCGCUUCUCCUCCACCCACGUCGCCGCUGGCCACCACGUCUCCGCUGGCCAUACCCGCUUCUCCUCCACCGUGACAUCCACCACGUCGCUGGCAGCAGCGAGAAAUCAGCGCAGUGCACGGAGAACGCAGAGCCACCAUCGGACUGCGAUUGGCGAACGAUUCCGACCGCCACGACCACCGCAAAGACAGGUUUGUUCGUAAUUUGCGUUCUAGUUCCCUUUUUCCCGAUUUGUAACCUAAAUUCCUGAUUUUCGUAACCCUAAAUUUCUGAUUUUGUGAUUUCCGACCACCACGACCCAUUCUGUGAAUCGUAAUUGCUGUAGCUGCUGCCGUUAAUCGCUGUUCAUCCUUAAAUUUUUUCCCAAUUUCAAUUUCGUAGCUUUGGAGGAUAUGCUAUCCUCGGCCAUUGCACUUUUUUCUCUCCCUCUUAUCCAAGAAUAUUUUUUCUAUUUCUAUUGUAUUAAUACCGAGUAAUGUAAAUGAAAUUUUUGGUUGUUCCAUUGCUAGACAUUCAGGGGUUUAAAGCAACAAUCAUAUUGAUGAUGUCCGUUGAACUUGGAAGGAGGGCAUUUAGAAAGAUAGGGAACCUAAUCUGAUAGAAGGGAAAGCUUUUAUUCUUGUAGAAUGUAAUGUAUAGAUCUUGCAUAUAGUCCAUGUACAUAGCUUUUUAUGACCCAUUAUAUGUGCUCUUCGUAUAAAAUAAAACUCUGCUGCUAGUCUUCUGAACCUGCUUGAACUGAAUCAGUUAUGUUAUUAUAUAUUGCAGGGUUAUUUGUGUUGCGAUAAUUUUCUUGUUUAAUAGAUAAUUGUUGUUGUAUUCUUCAUUGAAGGAGAAUUUCUUUUGGUAAUAUAACAUUGGGACAACUAAAUUUGAAAUGAAAAAAAUUAAAAUCUGAUUUUGGGCCAUAAAUUAAACAUUUGAGAAAAAGCUGGCGGGCCAGCCUAAAUAGUCAUUGGCCACUAAUGCCGACUAGGUUCAGCUCCAAUUCUCCCCUCUUUCUCUGUUUUGCUUAAAAUCUGUGUUUAAUUUUGAUUGACAUUUAGUUUUGGUUGGAAGUGAUUAGUUGUAUACUGUUGAAUUUGAUGUUUCCGGAUUAUGAAUCUGUGUGUAUUUUUUUUGUGGAGUGUUGGGUCAUCUGAUGAUGCGAUUCAGUCUUUGAAUUCAUUCGUAAGUUGGUGAUUUAGGUUGCUGGUUCAUGAUGACGGAAAAAUGUGUUUAAAUGGAGUGAUGUGGCUUAAUUUGGAUAGGCUAUGAGGGUUUUUUCUGUUGGAUGUUUUUUUCAGAGGAGUGGCAAUGCAUAUGUUUCUGUUGAAAUAAUUAUUAAAUUUAUGUUAGAGUAAUUAUUAAGUCUAAAAUAGGGAGUGGUGUGUUGGGAACUACUUCCAACUGUAUUUAUAAGUCUAGGGCACUCUAUGAGUUGUACCUAGGUAUUUAGGAUAGUCUUUUGAUCUUUCAUCUUCCAUUGUAUCAGUUUUUAUCAUUAUAAAUAGAAGGUUAUGAGAGGGAUCUAAUAAGACCCUCCAAUUGUGUAUUAUCCUUUUAUUUUCACAUGGUAUCAGAGCGACGAUUUGGGCCCAUGACUGCUUUGUGAUUGUAGGCACAUUUGGAUGUUUGUUUCUUCUAAUAUUGAGGUUGCAUUUGAUUGAACCAGUUUAAUGGUUAUGUUUGUUCUCUUUACUCUUCCGUUGGGGCCUUGAUGGAGUUGAAUGUAUGAAGUGAGUUUUCGGAUGGUUAUUGGUUAUGUUUCUAAUGCAAUUCUUGUGUGAUCUUUUUUAAGGCAAUUCCAUCAACCCUAUUUUUGUUCUGUGGCUUCGUAUGAUUCAGGUUUAUACUUGAUUGAAUAAGGAAACUGUUUUCUUUUCCAAGUCACUUGCAAUUAUAAUUGAUGAUAUGAUUAUUUGAAUAUGUUCUGUUCUUAUAAUUUUGGUCUCAAGAAGUUUGCCCAAAGUUUGAUUUGGUUAUGUGCAAGUGAAUGGCAGGUGCAGGAGGAUUUAACAAUGAGCCAUGGUUUAUAUUGGCAAUUGAAUUAUAUGACAUAUUGUCGGAUUCAUGUUCAUUUUUAUUCUGUGUUCACUUUGAUUUGAGAAAAGAAAACUGAAUGAAAAAGGGGAUAUGGAUUGAUACAUAGGGUGAUUAUAUUUGUUGUUUAAUAUGUUACAGGGGCUAUAUUUAGAUGCAAGCAAUUAGCUGUGGAGUUCCUGUUUUAAUUAUUGAUUGCAUAGAGUAAUAAUUGGAAUGUGCAGGAAAUGGGUUUUAGCGUUAAAUAUUAAUUAUGCUUUGGUUUUUUUAUUUAAAGUUCGCCUAUGAAAACUUACUAGCAUUCUAAAUCUAGCAUUUCUUUUCAUUUUUAAAUUCAUACUUAUACAUUUUAAAAGGUUGGAUACUUGUAUGAUCGUCCGAAUUGUUUGGUAUCCAAUCUUGGUAUUCAAAUAUUUUUAAAAGAUAAGUUUUUGGGAUGUUUAUAUGACCAUUUGUCAUCUAACACUUCCAUAAUAAAAGUCUAAGUAUUUGUACGGUCAUCCACAUCAUCAUUUGAUAUCCCCAAUGAAUGUUUUGGAUAUUUGUAUGGUCGUUUACAUCGUUUGGUAUCCAAUUUUGUUAUCCAAAUAUAUUUUAAAGAUAAGUUUUUGGGAUGUUUGUAUGGCUGUCUGUCAUCUAACAUCCUCAUAAUAAAAGUCUGAGUACUUGUAUGCUUGUCUGCAUCGUCCUCGUACUCGGUACCUUUUCUUCUAUUCAAAAUUCUAAAAAAUACAAAAUUUUCAAAAUUAAAAAAAUCAAUACUCAUUCAUUAAAGCCCGGUUCACAUUGGCCCUCUCUUUUGUUCAAGCCCAGCUCUCGCCGGCACAUUUUCACAAAAAGCUUUUUAAAAGAAACUACAUAACCCUGACUCUAUUAUGAAUAGAGAUACGUAAGAGUGAAAAAUUAUCCUUGUCGGGCCCACAAAAUUAAGAACUAUUUUUGUUUCUUUUCUAUAUUAUUUUCUUACUAUUUUUGAGGAAAAUUAAACAUCUUGAAAACCACAUCAUUUUUGUAUAUUUAAUUAGAGGUACUGCUUUCGAGUGGGCGAUGUAAGGUGCUAAUACCUUCCCUACAUCAUAACCAACUCCCGGACUACAAAUCCGGUUUUUGCAAACCACAUGUUUUAUUUUACGGUUUUUAAUAGUUUUCUAGAAUAAAUUAUGGUGGCAACUCCCAAUUUUUUAAAUGUAUUUCUUUUGAUUGGAGUUAGCCAUUUCCAGUCGCGAUUGAGGUUGCGACAUGUACCAUUGCAUUUCCUUUGGUAUGUGACAAAAAGCUAAUUAAAAUAACCUAACCACAUUCAGUGGCGUCUUUUAUUUACAAAUAUGUAGAGAGUACUGAUUAAUUUUGUGUGCACUGUACACUACUUAACACACUACUUAACGUGUGGUCUUUAGUGGAUGAACAAAAUGUGAAUAGUGAAGGUUAUAACCUAUGUAUAAAUUAAUUUGAAAUUAACAAGUUAAAAUAAUGUUAGAUCAGUAGAAAGAUAAACGAAUUCUGGCAGUUUGCUAGGUUCCAAUGAAGAAGGAGUUCUAUAGACAAAGAGAAACUUGGUUCACACAUAGCACAGACAAGAAUAGUUUUGAAAGAAAGAGUGAAAAACUAAAAUAAUUUAGUUUUAAGUGGUCAUUCCCAUCCUAGCCCUGUCCCAACCCACUUCACAUAGGACUUUGGGGGUUAGGGCUUUGAUAAAGUCCCCAACUGAGGGGGUCAAAAAAAUAGGGCUUAUUUUUAGAGGGGGACAGGGCACCAGCCCAUGGGUUAGGGGCUAAAAUGACAGCUCUAAUGUUCAGGAAUUUAACUUUUUCCCAUAACCAUAGAGUCAAAUUCGCAGAUGGGAAAUUGAAGUUUAUCUGAUAUUUGUUAAAAUUAACAGACGAUUUUUAAAAUCUUGCACACCACACCACUGAUGGAGAAAAAUGUGCACAUGGCCCUUGACUUUACACAAAGACGUUAGGAAUGCACUCUCAUUUCCAAUCCACAACCUUGAACUGCAAACAUAUGAACUUUGUUUGAGUGGGAAAACAAACAAAAAAUUACGUUUGAAUGUUGAAAGGGUUUGAUUAAGAGACAUGGGUGGGAACAAGAAAAGGAAGAGAAACAAAGAGCAACAAGGAAGCAAUGACAUUGUAUAUUCAGAAAGCCAACCGGACUUUGCUCUUUUGGCAACUCUCUACCCUUCUUUCCAGUCAUUCGUCCAACCCUCACCUCCUCACAUGCGCCUCACCAUCGAUUGGACCGACUUCAACGCCACACGUGAACUCACACGGGUCUUGCUCCAUCAUCGUCACAGUUUGACUUGGUUUGUGUGGAUUCCUGAUGGGCAACUCUGCCCCACUGUGCCCAACCGCAGCAAUUACAUUCACUGGCUUCAACAUCUUCUUUCAUCAGACGUCAUUCCUGGCACCAUUUCAAGUGAUGCCAUGGUCAGGGGAUUUGACAUAGGAACUGGAGCUAGUUGCAUUUACCCUCUUCUUGGUGCUUCUCUCCAUGGAUGGAGUUUUGUAGGAUCAGAUGUGACUGAUGUUGCAAUUGAGUGGGCAGAAAAAAAUGUUAGUAGCAAUGCACAUAUUUCUCAUCUGAUUGAAAUCAGAAAGGUUCAAGACAAUGGAAAUGCUCCCUGUGUGGAAGUUGAAGAGUCGGAGAACAAUGGCGAGAUAAUUUUGUGCAAGAAAACUGAUAUGGAGGUAGCUCCUCUGCCUCUUGAUUUGCAUGCCCGUGAGAAUGAGAGUUAUCAUGGACCUCCCAUACUUGUUGAUGUGGUCAAGGAUGAUGAGAAGUUUGAUUUCUGUAUGUGCAAUCCACCAUUUUUUGAAAGUUUGGAGGAAGCUGGACUCAAUCCCAAAACUUCUUGUGGUGGGACUUCUCAUGAAAUGGUCUGUCCUGGUGGUGAGAGGGCCUUCAUUACUCGUAUCAUUGAAGAUAGUACACAAUUGAAGCAACAUUUUCGGUGGUUCACUUCAAUGGUCGGUAAAAAAUCAAAUCUUAAGUACCUUGUAUCAAAACUUUGGGGGUUUGGUGUUUCCAUAGUGAAGACAACUGAAUUUGUUCAAGGCAGGACAUACCGGUGGGGGCUUGCUUGGUCUUUCUUGCCGCCUGUGCAGAAGUCAUCAAUUUCUUUAUCCACGAAGAACAAGACAUCCUUCACGCUUGAGGGUCUUCAACGCCAACAUGGUGCCAUUAAUGUGUUGGAAAGUGUUAAGUCUCACGUCUCUUCACAUGGCCUAUCCUGUUCAAUGAACACUUCUUCUUUCACAGUGGAUGUUGCAAUAUCAAAAGAUGAUUGUGAUUCAAUAUUGAGGAAUGAAUUAAAAUUUGUCAAUGAUUCCACUGAUUGUCAACCUAGAAGAAAGACAUCUAAUGAAUCGAGUUUAAAUUUUUCUCCCGAGAGAUUAUGCUUCCGUAUAUCAUUAUGUAUAUUAUCCUACAGGUUUUUCAGCAAAUCCCUGGGACACUGUUGGUGAAAGGUUCAUUACAAGACAAGGAUAGCCCGUUAUCAGGAGCAUUCUCUGUGAUUUUCCAAAAAUUAGAGGAAGCUUUGCGGAGUAAAUUUUGUACUAAAUCACUGUAGGUUUUUUAUUAUUUGAUGUAGUUUGGCAAAGUGAAUGUAUAUGAUAUGGGAUGUUGAGAUGUUCUUGAAUGCUACUUUGCGUACUAAUGAUUUAUACAAACUAAAUUGGUGAUGGUUUUGUUUUGUUCACCAAACCAACAGUUGAAAAUUGUUAACUAUUUUGUCACAA